AUGGAGAAUUAUUUGACGCCAUCAAAUUGGACAAACACUUAUGCGCCAGCUGCUCUACAAGGGAUUUUCGUUGCAAUCCCGUCAAUUCCCCCAUUUCUUUUCCUUUUAUACGUUCAAUUGCUAAAGAAAGAGAUCUUUUUGACGUACAAGUACACUGUCUUCAUGACUUGUUAUCUUUGUUUUAUCAAUCAAUCUCUCAAAUUGUUUGCAUACAUUGGACAAUAUUAUGCAGCAAUAGUACAAAUGCAGGGUUUGAGCCUCAACCGUUUCCUGAAUAUCAUUUUCCACAUUCAGCCCAAGGUUUAUUGGUUUCUAGUGAUCGGAUUGGGUGUUUAUCUUGUACAGGUUGCUUAUCUAAUCAUUUCUCUUAUCGACGCUCAAUUAGUCUACGGUAAUGCGUGUAAUCCGAUGUUGGGCACAAAUAUUCUUGAUGGAGCAAUGUUUCCCCUCACCUGGAUGUUCGGCUACAAUACUGUGACUGGGAUUCUUAAUUUGUGGUUGAUAAUCCAUUUGCGGUUGCAUUACAGGAAAUUGAAAGGCAAAUCCGUCUCACUUGAACAGCAAAAGAUCCAACGAAACAUUCAAAUCGGUCUCCUCGUCUCGAGUAUUUAUCCAGCUUUACAACAAGCCUACACAGCGGUGCAAGUGAAAAUGGCGUACAGCCAGCUUCGUCGAGCCUUUUCACAAAAUUUCACAUCCGAUUUUGAUCAAAUGACUAGCAUUAACGUCUCAUUAACUUGU